AUGCAGUUGGAUGAUAACAGUCAAAAUAUUGUCAAUUCCUUGGUUGAAUUGGAUAGAACACGUAGAAAUGCUCAAUCAGCAGCUGACGCACUACGUGAAACAGAUCGAUGGAUUAAUCUGAUGCAAUGUAUUGACGAGUUGUUUGAAGUUGGUGAUCUUGAUCAGGCAUCUUUUAUUCAUUUAAAUGAUUAUGAUGAACGUGUAAAACAAGUUGAUCAGUAUAAAAAUAAUUUAGAAACUUUAAUAGCUCCAAAAUUAAUUCAAUCAUUUGAUGAUUUAAGUUUAUUCAUGAUGUCAAUGAGUACAUUAAUGUUAACUAAUGACAAUUACAAUUAUGCUAAUGUUGAUAGCAAUAAUAAUUAUAGUGGCAACAAUAAUAAUAGAUUAAAAACAACUGAAAUGCAUUAUCAAAAUGAUCAUUUAAAAUUAACUUCACAUUUAAUUAACUUAUUAUGUCGGAUUGGCCGUGAAAAUUCGGCUAGAAAAUAUUAUACUACUUGGUUAAAAGAACAAGUGGCCGGCUUUUGGGAUCGUAGUGCUUGUCAAACAGUAGAAAAUACUACAACUGAUGAAUCGGACUCUUUGACAAUGGUGGUGGUGGUAUUACCUGUCGUUAUACAAAAAUUAUCCUCUUAUCAAUCGAAAAUAUUUACAAAUAAAGAACGACAAAAAUUAAAUUGUUUGCCAAUAUACCCUGACACCGAGCUGAAUUCUGAUCAGCUGACGAAUUCACCAAUGAUCAAUAAUAUCAUAUAUUUCUAUGCUUUAUUGAUAUGCUUUUUUAAAGGACAGUUAAAUGCAAAAUUAAUUUUUCACUGUCAAGUAGAUCAACCUAACUGUAAUCAUCAUCAUCAUCAUGAAGAACAACACCAACAAAAGUCAGAAUAUCUUUUUCCUAUUGAAUUACUUAUGGAUUUUACCGAUUCAUUAAAAUCAUUUAAGCCAUUUCAAACAUUUACCAAUUCUAUAGUGAAUUAUCAAUUAAUUGGAUGUUUAUUUCGUGUAACUGUUGGAUAUUUACAGUAUUUUGAAGAAUUACUAAUUCCUUUUUAUUCAGACAUAACAAACAGAAAAGUUUGUUCCAAAGAUAUAACAACCUUAUUAAGAAUAAAUAACAAUAAUAUUGAUUCUAAUCGGGAUAAUGUUGACAAUUUCAAAUUGGCUUUUAUUCAAUUAAUUCAAGUAUUUAUUCAUCCAUUUAUAAAGUUGCCAGAAUUAUUCAGUAAUUAUAUACAUAAACAAUUUGAUUAUAAACGAAAUGAAUUAAAUAUUACAGUUGGUAAUAAUAAUCCACCAGAUGUUUUGGAUAAAUUGAACAAAGAUGUUGUAAUACAAUCAAUUUCACUCUUCUAUGAUACAAUUCAUUUGUGUUUUGAAGAGACUGGUGCAAUAGGGAUUCCUUUCAUAUUGGAUAUUAUUCAAAGUUAUUGGGAUUCAUUAAUUGCUAAUUGGAUAAUAUGGAAUACAUGGAUUGAAAAACAAUUAAUGAAAACUGACAUGGAAUUAAAUUAUCAUCAAGCUUAUGGUUUUAUGUGGAUAUUAAAAUUUGCUCAUUUAACAGACAGAACAAACACCGACUUCAUUACUGAUGAUGAUCAAAUAAAUAUAAAUGAAGAUAAUAAUCUCUGUAUGCCAACUAUAUCUGGUUGUGUUUUAUAUCAGUUAGCUUUAAAACAAUCUAUCGAUUGUCAACAAGCAAUUCAUUCACUUGCUCAUUCGUCUAAUGUGUCAACUUCAUUUAAUUCAUCAGUCGAUUUAUUGAAUAAAUCAAAAUCAACCAUUGUUAAAUCACAUUCUAAUUUAAAUGGAGUGCAUAGAUCCAGUUCAAUGCUUUGUCGUUCUACAAUUGGUGUAGUACGUGAAAUUGCAUUGACACCAAUACGUUAUUAUUUAAAACCUGUACCAGAUUUAAAUAUUUGGUUUACUCAUCCAAAUAAUGGUGAAGAAUGUUUACCGGAUUUGGCUUAUUUACCACAAGAUUAUAUUACAAAAAUUGGUCAAUAUUUAUUUAUGCUACCAGCACAAUUAGAACCGUAUUUAUCGUCAAUGAACGAUUUGAAUCUUGAAGCUCAAUUGAAUGAUCAAACAAUUAUUCCAUCAUUGAUAUCCAUUGGUGAUGGUUUAACGCAUUGUUUUCAAUUAGGUGAUUCCGAUGUUAUUUACUCGAUGAUUUCGCAUACAAUAAAUGAUCAUUCUAAACACCAACAACAUCAACCAGGAGAAGAAGGUAAAGAACAGACUAGUUCAACGCAAACAAAAGCGACAAGCAUGUCAACAUCAUCUACUAGAAAACGUCAAUUGAGCAGUAAUUUUAAUCAACUCAAACAAAUGAUAAUGACUGAUGAUAAUAUGAACUCAACGGAAAUUUCUUCAGUUUAUUGUUGGUUAGAAAAUUUAAUAUCUGUGAAUGUAUGUGAUUUGAUUGUAAAUGCAAUCUUACAAAUUGGAUUGAAUAAAUCUGUAGUUAACUCGUCAGCGACAGCGUCAAUGCCCAAAACAUCCAAAGCAUUGGAAUCUAAAAGUGAUUCUUUGAAAGAAAACACCUUUGCUCGUGACGCCAAUAAAAUUGAUGAUGAUGACGAUGAUAGUAAUGAUGACGAUAGUGUUGAAGAUCAGCUAUUACUUACUAAACAUGGUUUAAAACAACUGGACGUUGAUCUUGGUUAUCUAUUUAGUAUGCUGCAUGAUUUAGGUGUCAAUGUUCCAAGUAAUCUGCAGAUAUUACGUGAUUUAAUCAAUUGUGAUGCAGAUCAGUUCCCUAAAUUAUGCGCCGAUCGUCCACUGAAAAUUGUAAAUGCUGUAGCUAACUUUCGUGGUUUUUAA